AUGGGUGUAGUACUUUCGCUCCCGAGCUUGGUUGCUUCUGGAAUCGCGAGCGUUGGCAGUAUUUUUGCCGGUUUGUCUCUUUCUACCUUUUUUGGCCUUGUAAACUCGGUUCAGAGCGCGUUUGCGGCGAAAUUGAGUUAUGCAGCCUUGUUUCUCUUCAAUUCUCUGCUAUCAUGGCUUAUGCUGUCCUCUUCAGUCAACAAAUUGCUGUCGAAAUUGACAUUUGGGUACCUGAAUUUUGAUUGUGAAAGCGAAGGCAAAUGCUACAGUGUCCUUGCCGUUCACCGCUUUGGAUUUGCUUUGUCUUGCUUUCACUUGCUUCUUGCUGUAUUUACGGCUAUGUCCGCCUCACGGUUGUCGAUGCUGACCAAGAUUCAAAACGGUCUGUGGCCAUUGAAGUAUGCUUCUUGGCUCUUUCUUGUCGUGGUUAGCUUCUUUCUUCCGAACCAGUUUCUGACGUUUUGGGGAAACUACAUCUCUAUUUUUGCCUCAGCCUUUUUUAUCCUUUACGGCCUUCUGUUGCUUGUUGACUUUGCGCACUCGUGGGCGGAAAAGUGCCUCGAUCGAAUUGCGGAGGAGGAUUCUUCCUCUUCUAAAGUAAUUCUUGUUGGAUCAACUGUUUGUUUGUUUGGCUCGGCGAUCGCUAUGUCACUAUUUGUGUAUGCAUGGUUUUGCUCGUCGUCGUGUGUGUUCAAUCAAGUGAUGAAUACAAUCAAUGUCUUUCUGUGCAUCAUUUCCACCUGUGUUGCUGUGCACCCGCUUGUACAGGAGCACAAUCCGCGAUCCGGUCUGGCGCAAGCUUCUACGGUGGCCUGCUACACAUGCUAUCUCAUCAUGUCUGCUGUCGUGAAUGAGCCAUCUGAGACCAAGUGCAAUCCUUGGAGUGAAGACUCUCUUGAUACGCGUGAGGUGAACAAGGUGCUCGGUGCUAUUUUCACAUUUGUAGCUAUUCUUUAUAGUACUAUGAGUGCCGCCUCUCCUGGUGCAUCUAGCGACUCGCAUGAUUACCGUCACCUGUACAGUGAUUCGCAUGAUCUCUCCAACGACGGGGAAGAAAACGAAGGACUUCCUUCUCGUCAAGAGAUUCUGCAAAGAGCGGUUGAGGAAGGAAAUUUACUUCCUUCCGAUUUGAACUCUUCAAAUGCCGGUGGUUACGGGUACUCCUUUUUUCACAUUUUAUUUUUCUUGGCUGCAUGUUAUACCGCUUCCGUGCUCACAAACUGGAACACAUUGAGAAUGUACGAAUCCUCAAAGGAUGAGACAUUUAUACGCAUCGGUUACUCGUACGCUGCUGUAUGGGUAAAGAUGAUCAGUUCUUGGACUUGUCAUACUAUAUAUGUAUGGACUUGUAUUGCUCCAGUCAUUUUCCCCUACAGAUUUACGCUCUAA